AUGAGGCUCCCCGCCCCCCUGGGGGCCCCCCUGGGGGCCCCCCCGGGGGCCCCUUUGGGGGCCCCUUUGGGGGCCCCCCUGGGGGCCCCCCGUCGUUUUUCAGGGUACUACACGCCGAAGGUGCUGUGGCGGCGGAACCGGCCGCCGCCGCUGCUGCUGCCGACAAGUGUGGGGCCCCCGGGGGCCCCCCCUGGGGGCAGUGGGGGCCCCCGGGCGCCGUUUACCCUUGCGAAGCAGCAGCGGCUGCUGGAGCAGCAGGCGCGGGAGGGCCUCAGCAGCAGCAGCAGCAGCAGCAGCAGCAGCAGCAGGAGGGGCCUGCUGCUGUUUGGGGGCCGGCGGGUGCAGCAGCUGGGGAAGCGGCGGGUGCAGCAGGGGGGCCGGAACUGCAGCGGGCAAAUAACAGUGCGGCACCGGGGGGGGCAGCAGCAGCAGCAGCAGCAGCUGCUGCAGGUGGACUGGCUGCGUGCGCGGCGGGGAGUGUGGGGCACGGUGCUGCGGGUGGAGCGGGGGGGCGCAGCAGCAGCAGCAGCAGCAGCAGCGCUGCUGCUGCUGCAGCAAGACGACGGCGCGCUGUGCUACGUGCCUGCUGCUGCUGCUGCGCGCCCCGGAGACCGUUUGCUGGCAGCAGAACACGCCCCGCUGCUGCCGGGCUGCUGCUUGCCGCUGCAGCAAGUCCCCCCGGGCUCUAUAGUCUUUGCUGUGGAGCUGCGGCCGGGCUGUGGGGCCCAGCUAGCCAGGGCCCCCGGGGCCUUCUGUACCCUUCUUUCCAAAGACUCUGCUGCUGCGCUGCUGCGGCUGCCCUCUGGGGAGUUGCGGCGCCUCCCGCUGCGCUGCUGGGCCACUAGGAGUGUUGGACAGCAGCAGAGAAAUUUAAUAAAAGAGAAGGGAAGGGCAUUGGAGACGCAAGAGACAAAAGAAGACAAAACCCUCAGGCAGCAGCAGCAGCAGCAGCAGCAGCAACAGCAGCAGCAACAGCAGCAGCAACAGCAGCAGCAACAGCGAGACAGCAGCAGGGCAGCAACUGGCAGCUCUGCUGCCUCUCUACGCCGUUCUGUCUUGCUGCGGCGCCGCCGAAGGCUCCUUCGUCCGCCGCAGCAGCAGCAGCAACAGCAGCAGCAACAGCAACAGCAGCAGCAGCAGCAACAGCAGCAGCAGCAGCAACAGCAGCAGCAGCAGCUGCUGCUGCCACACACAGCUCCAGGCCCUUCGCGCUAG